UGUGCAAUCUUUGUAAUGUUCUAAGAAAAUUCUUGGAUUUGAUGCCCCCAUUAUUGUAACUAUAAAUAUGCCUAAGCCAGGGUCUUAAACACGUAAAGCCUAAGAAAAUUUCCAUUAUUGGAUUUGAUGUCUUGUUUCUUCGAAGUGUUUGCUUAUAUCUGGAGAUUCAUCAUACGAAACCCCCAUGUUUCUCCAUCGCCAUCUACUCCUUCCACCUUAACCACCGCCCAGCCACAAGUAAUUAAACAUGAUGUCUUCCUUAGUUUCAGGGGAGAAGACACCCGUGGUGGUUUUACCAGCCACCUCUAUGCUGCUUUGGACCGGAAACAAAUCCGAGCUUUCAUAGAUUAUCAGCUUCGGAGAGGAGAUGAGAUUUCGGCAUCACUUCUGAGAACAAUUGAAGAGGCCAAGCUUUCUGUGAUUGUUUUUUCUGAAAACUAUGCAUCUUCCAAAUGGUGCUUGGAGGAGCUUGCAAAGAUUAUUGAGCGUAGAAGAAAUAAUGGACAGAUAGUUAUUCCAGUAUUCUACAAGGUGGAUCCAUCCCAUGUAAGAAAUCAAACACGAAGCUUUGGAGAUGCAUUGGCUAGAUUGAUAAAGAAGAAAGCUUUGACGAUGGACAAAGAGCAGAGCUUCAGAGACGCUUUGACGGCUGCAGCCAAUCUAUCUGGAUGGAGCUUAGGGAAUUCUGAGCUGGAGUCCGAAUUUAUUAAGAAUAUCGUUGGAGAUGUUUUGAAAAAAUUGCAUGCCAUGUCUUCAAGUCACACUACGACGGGUCUAUUUGGAAUUGAUGUUCGUGUUAGCAAAGUUGAGUCUUUGUUAAAUAUGGAAUCUCCAGAUGUUCUCAUUGUAGGGAUAUGGGGAAUGGGUGGUAUCGGUAAGACAACGAUUGCUGAAGCUGUAUGCAACAAGGUUCAUUCUCGAUUUGAAAGAAUCUUUUUUGCAAACUGUAGGCAACAAUCUGAUUUGCCAAGAAGAUUUCUUAAACGGCUGCUUGGCCAAGAAACUCUGAACACUAUGGGCUCCUUGAGUUUUCUAGAUUCUUUUGUGAGGGAUAGACUUCGUCGAAUUAAGGUUUUCAUUGUUCUGGAUGACGUGGAUGAUUCAAUGCGUUUGGAUGAAUGGAGAGAUUUGCUUGAUGGACGAAACAGUUCAUUUGGUUCGGGCAGUAAAGUUCUCAUAACAAGUAGGAACAAGCAACUGCUUAAGAAUGUAGUUGAUGAGACAUACGAGGUUGAGGGGUUGAACUAUGCAGACGCUAUUCAACUCUUUAGCUCAAAAGCCUUGAAGAAUUGCAUCCCCACAAUUGAUCAAAGACACUUGAUAAUAAAGAAUGUAAGGCAUGUACAAGGCAAUCCGUUGGCUCUUAAAGUUUUGGGUUCCUCUCUCUAUGAUAAAAGCAUCGAAGAAUGGCGCAGUGCAUUGAAGAAACUAGCUCUGGACCCUCAAAUCGAAAGGGCAUUGAGAAUUAGUUACGAUGGGUUGGAUUUAGAACAAAAACCCAUAUUUCUUGACAUAGCACAUUUCUUCAAAGGACGGAUGCAAGGCGAAGCAACAGGAAUAUUAGAUUGCUUAUAUGGUCGAUCUGUGAAUUUUGAUAUAAGCACGCUUAUUGAUAAGUGUCUCAUAAGUACUGCAAAGGAUUACUUUCAUCGUGACAAGCUAGAAAUGCAUGAUUUACUACAAGAAAUGGCAUUUAACAUUGUUCGUGCAGAAUCUGAUUUUCCUGGCGAACGUAGCAGGUUAAGUCAUCCUCCUGAUGUCGUUCAAGUAUUGGAGGAAAAUAAGGGAACUCAAAAAAUUAAAGGCAUAUCUUUGGACAUGUCCAUGUUAUCGAGACAGAUACACUUGAAAUCUGAUGCAUUCGCAAUGAUGGAUGGUCUUCGAUUUCUCAAUAUCUAUUUCAGUCGUUACUCCAAAGAAGAUAAAAUAUUGCACCUUCCUCCUACUGGCCUUGAAUAUCUUCCUAAUGAGCUGAGAUAUUUUUUAUGGUCUAGAUUCCCUUCGAAAUCCUUGCCGCCAUCUUUUCGUGCUGAACACCUUGUCGAGCUUCACCUAAGCAAAAGCAAGCUUGUAAAACUUUGGACAGGAGUAAAGGAUGUUGGGAAUUUAAGAAGAAUUGACCUAUCUGACUCUCCACAUUUGACGGAAUUGCCAGAUCUAUCAAUGGCCAAAAAUUUAGUGUCCUUAGAUCUUACGGACUGUCCAAGUUUAACCGAGGUUCCGUCAUCUCUUCAAUAUCUUGACAAGCUGGAAAAAAUUUAUCUCUUUCGUUGCUAUAAUCUUAGAAGUUUUCCAAUGCUUGAUUCAAAGGUUCUCAGAUUCCUUCUUAUAAGUCGGUGCCUAGAUGUGACCACGUGUCCAACGAUUUCACAAAAUAUGGAAUGGUUAUGGUUGGAACAAACUUCAAUCAAAGAAGUUCCACAAUCAGUUACUGGCAAGUUGGAACGUCUUUGUCUAAGUGGUUGCCCAGAGAUCACCAAGUUUCCAGAGAUUUCAGGGGAUAUAGAAAUAUUAGAUCUAAGGGGAACUGCUAUUAAAGAGGUGCCCUCGUCAAUCCAGUUUCUCACAAGACUUGAAGUGUUGGAUAUGAGUGGUUGCUCAAAACUUGAGAGCCUCCCAAAAAUCACAGUGCCUAUGGAAUCUUUGCAUAGCCUUAAGUUGAGUAAAACAGGCAUUAAAGAGAUACCCUCAUCAUUAAUUAAGCAUAUGAUAUCUUUGACGUUUCUAAAUUUAGAUGGAACGCCGAUUAAAGCGUUACCUGAGCUUCCCCCUUCGCUUCGUUAUCUAACAACACAUGACUGUGCAUCACUAGAAACCGUGACAUCAAGCAUCAAUAUCGGUAGAUUAGAGUUAGGAUUGGAUUUUACAAAUUGCUUCAAAUUGGAUCAGAAACCACUGGUAGCAGCAAUGCAUUUGAAAAUUCAGGUAUCUCUCUUAACCCCCUUGUCUUUCUUUCUUCUCUCUUUCUUGCUUGCUUCAUCACAUUUUCGAAAUGUGACUUUUGUGUUACAGUCCGGAGAGGAGAUCCCAGAUGGCGGUAUUCAAAUGGUACUACCGGGGAGUGAAAUUCCAGAAUGGUUCGGUGACAAAGGAAUUGGAUCUUCACUCACCAUGCAGUUGCCGUCCAAUUGUCAUCAGCUCAAGGGAAUUGCUUUCUGCCUUGUCUUUCUACUCCCUCUUCCCUCCCAUGACAUGCCUUAUAAAGUCGAUGAUGAUAUUGAUGUUAAUUUAUAUCUUGAUUACCAUGUUAAGAGUAAAAACGGUGAGCAUGAUGGUGAUGAUGAAGUCGUCUUAGCUUCCGGGGAAAGAUGUCAUCUACCAUCUCAAAUGAAGACAUGUGACUCGGAUCACAUGGUUCUACAUUACAUGGCUCUACGUUACCAGCUCGAAUUGGUAAAUCGUUUACGUAAAUAUUCCGGCAAUGAAGUUACAUUUAAAUUCUACCACCAUGAAGUGGUCAACAUGGCGAGGAAGGUAGGUAAUGAGAUCCAAAGGCCUUUCAAGUUGAAAAGCUGUGGGGUGUAUCUGCACUUUGAUGAAAAUCUACCCACUCUGAGCACAUCAACAGAAGUGCCAGUAGCUUUUUGUGUGGCUUCACUCAAACCAGAUGAAAAGCUAGUCAAUCUAUCACCAACUAAUUCUCCUAUUUGAUCAAAAGUUGAGAAUACUUUACUCAAGGCACCAUCUACUGCUUCUGAAGCACCUUCCUUAAUCGAUGUUAUUGAAGAAGUAAUUGUGUCUAGUGAGCUUUGCACAACAUUUCCUCCCUUAUUUACUGAAGUGUUGAUAGAGUCCCUAACCUCGCCCAAAAAAUCAUCAAAACCAGCCUUAUGCACUAGAUAAUUAAUCGUUACCCAUUUCCAAGGAAUCAGAUCCCAAAGCGGGAUUCUCUGGUGUAAUAUCAAAUAGUUGAUGUUAUUUCAGGUUCCACAAGUCAUAUUAAACUAUCUGUAUUAUCAGCAAA